AUGGGGAGGCCACCAUGUUGUGAGAAAUAUGGGAUUAAGAAAGGACCUUGGACUCCUGAGGAAGAUAUCAUCUUAGUUUCUUAUAUUCAACAACAUGGUCCAGGAAAUUGGAGAUCAGUUCCCACCAAUACUGGUUUGAUGAGAUGCAGUAAAAGCUGCAGACUUAGAUGGACAAACUAUCUUCGUCCUGGUAUCAAACGAGGUAACUUCACAGAUCAUGAAGAGAAAAUGAUUCUUCAUCUUCAAGCUCUUCUAGGCAACAGAUGGGCGGCGAUAGCUUCGUAUCUUCCACAAAGGACGGAUAAUGAUAUAAAAAACUAUUGGAAUACACAUUUGAAGAAGAAGAUGAACAAUGAUCAAAGUAAUGAAAAUAAUCAUCAAGAUGUUGAUUCAGAAGGAAAAACUCGUUCGCAGCCGAUGAAGGGUCAAUGGGAGAGAAGACUACAAACAGAUAUUCAAAUGGCGAAACAAGCCUUAUCUGAGGCUUUAUCCCUUCCACAAAACCCAACAACUUUUCCUCAUGAGAUGAAACCCUCAUCAAGUUUUUCUCAUGAAAAUAUUCCAUCUCCAUAUGCAUCAAGCUAUGAAAAUAUUUCUAGAUUGAUGGAAAACUGGAUGAAAUCACCUAACUCAUCAGCUGAAACAAUUUCCUCAUCAAUAUUCAGCAACAACAUGCAAAUUACUACCACGGCAGGAUCGAGUUCUAGUGAAGGAGCACAAAGCACAACACAAGAUCAUCAUCAUUAUCAUCUUCAUCAUCAAGCUUUCGACUCCGAUUUGUUCAACGUUAAUAACUCUGAUUAUGCAUCUCAAACUCAUGAAGAAAACAACAACAUAACAAAAGAAGGUCUAGAUCUCUUCCACCAAGAGAAAAGAAAUAUAGAAACACUCGUGCCUCUUACUUUGUUGGAAAAAUGGCUAUUUGAAGAUGGGGUAACAACAACUUAUCAUGAGUGCAAUGAAGAUCUUAUAAACAUGUCAUUGGAGGGAAGUACUUCAGAUUUCUUUUAG